AUGUGUGCGCGAAAAAAUGUGUGUCUGGAAAAAGUAAAUCGUCAAUUCUUCCAUUACUUCGCUGUUUUCAGAACUUGUUGUUGCUAUAGCAGACAUACACACACCUACACAUUUGAGACGAUAUGAAAAGGUGAAAAUCGCACUUGAGCAUUUUCACCAAUCGUGCGAACAAAAAUUGAGACACACACAUGCUUAUGUGAGUGCGAGGGAAAAACGCAAGGCUGAAAACGAACCAACGAACCAACGAGCGAGCGAACACACGGCGGAUGCGGGCCGAGAAACGAGUCUAGUGCAACAAAAAUAAAAACAAAUGUAUGAGCGACGGUGACAUUAAGUGUUACAGGGCUCUCCGCCACCGGUGCAAACGAAGAUAUAUGUGCAUACGUACAUGUAUGUAUAUAUGGAAAUGUACAUAGUAGGCAUGAAUGUUGUACACCCAUACACAUAACGAAUGAAUCGAGAUUCCGAGUGCCAGUGCGACCAGUUUAAACGCGAAUACGAUUUUAGCAAUGAGCGGUGCGCGCGCGUAUUUAUUUCCAUACAUAUGUACCUAUUCUUCUAAGCAAGCAAGCUUACAUGUGCUUGUCUUCACGUUCGCAUUCGCUUUGAAAAUUAACCAACACAACACCCAGCGGUUGGUUGAUCAAUAAAAGUUUGAGCAUAUAUGUAAAUACAUAUAAAUGAAAAAGAAAUUUGAAUAAAGUAGAAAAGAAAUUCAAGAGCAAAUAAGUAAAAAAGAAAUAAUUAUAAAAGCAUAAACUUACUCGAGUGCAAAGUGAGUGAGAGUAAACGCUAAAACCCCUGGGAGAGCUAUAAUAAACAAAAAGAAAAAUGUUAAAUAUCAAAAACAUUCACGCGGAGUUCAAUUCAACCGUGAAUACAUAACUAUUUCAAUCUUUAUAUUUUUUAAUAUCAGCACCAAGUUCAAUACAAUAAUAACAAAUCAUCAGCAAAUAUCAAAUAUGAAAAGUGAAAUUAGCAUAAACUAAAAAUAAAAGGGAAAAAGAAAAAAACGUAAAAGCGGAAAGUGAGAAGCAACGGGCGGGGCAUUUAUGCAUUUGUGUAAAAUAACUAAUCCGACAGCGUAGAAAUGUGCAAGGAUAAUUGAAGGAUAACGUUGAUGCUGUUGAGUUUCGUUGUAAUGUAGCAGCAGCAUUGCUUUUGUACGCUCUCUAUUCUGCCCAACAUUCAGCAUUCAACAUUCACUUGUCAGUUUGGUGUCGUUCUCCACGGCUUCCAGCACACAUUCAACAUUCUGUGGAGAGCAUCAACGUCACUCAGCCUUAACCUCAACAGCGCCUGAGCCUCAACAGCCACAGCCACAGCCUCAGCCUCAACCAUUAUUGUCCUUUGUUGUUUUACGCUUGAAAGCUGCGGUAGCGUUGCGCGUGAAUCGCUUUUGUUUUCUACAAAUAUACGCACAUUCAUACAUAAUCCAUGCAUAUAAAUGAAUAAAUACGAGUAGCAAGACACAACAACAUCAACCACUACAGUGUUAGCUAUUUAGUUAAUGUGGUUCAAUGUAAAUUUUCAGUGAAAAAAAGAGAAAAAUAUGAAAAGGCUUAUGCCAAAUUACCUACAACUACAACAAUAAUAACGGUUUAAUAAUACAAAUACACAGCAACGGCAGCAGCAGCAGCAGCACAAGCAACAACAAUUGAAAUUUGCGUAGUAAACGCGUUGAGUGGGGAUUAAAAAGAGCGAUUUCUAAACAUUAUCUGAUGAGUUUCCAUAUACAAUGAACGCACCUAAUCAAUAAAAACAUGUAUAUAUAGAGAUGGCAAAGAUUACACGACGUGCCGUUGCCUCGUCGUCGUCAUCAUCUUCGUUAUCGUCGUUAUCGUCGGUAUCAUCAUCAAGGUCACCUAGAGCAACGAGUUCUUCCGCUUCAAAGGCUUCCAAAUCAACUGCUACGGCAAGUGCAACAAUAAAAACCACAACGAAUGCCAAUAACAUUAUCUAUGGCGGUAAGCCAGCACAUUUUGCCGCAACGGAUAUGUGGGACAAACUGGCAAUGCCACUUACUGCAUUUAAUGAUACUCCUCCUCCACCACCACUACGUGGCAGCAACAGCACUAUUAUAUCAACGAACGGGAAGAACGCCUCACCCGCCGUUACGAAUACAACGACUGGUACCGCUUCCGUAUUCGCCGACACAAAUGGACGACACAGAAUCUUUACGGGCAGUGGCAGACACAAUAAAAGUCAAAUUGAGCGAAGGAUCGAACAAGAAGAAUUCUAUGCCACUUAUGACGUGAUGACUGGUGUACGUAUAGCCGCAACGCUUAGUGGUUUCUUCGGCUUGAUGGUGUUCCUUAUAGUUUGGAAGAGUCGCAGUAGUUCCAAUGAAACGUUGAAAGUUCUGAAGGAUCCCAAAAUGGCUGCUGUGGCCGCUGUGUGUAUGCAGGAGGAGGAGGAGCGUGAAAUUCAGGAGGCCAUGGUCGCAACUGGUAUGUCGAUAUACCCGGACGAAUAUGAUGCAAUCGUCUAUCGGCGACAACGAAUGUUAUCCCUCGGCAAUGUUAGUGCACCUCCCAUGCUAAAUCGGGGUUAUCGUUUCUCUUCAGUGGAUAUUCCUGAUUAUGAAACUACAGGUGGUGGUGGCUACAGCAGCUUGCUGGAGCCACCUCGUCGAUUUUCCUAUUCAGCCACUUCCGGUGUGGGCAGUUUUACGGGUGGACGUCGAAAAAGCGGCUCCGAAUCAUCACGUAUACUUAGUAAUUACCCGAUGGGCAGUAGUUUUGGCAACGACGAUUACUUUAUAGAGACAGAGGAUGAGUUGGAAUGCACCGAUUAUCCGCGUAGUGGGACACAACAUGAUGAACUGCCAGAUAUGCCACAACGCACUGAUUCAACGAAAAGUAAACGUGGGUUCUUGGAAGUACCGCCGGCGGGUCAAGACUCACGCCGCAGCAGCGCAAUGACAUGUUGCAGUACUGAAAGCUCAUAUUUGGAGCGACGCUGUUCGGCAUUCACUUUGGGUCUAUCUAAUCUGCCACCAACACUUCAACGAAAGCUUUCGACCACCUCGCACGCAUCAAGCACCGACAACUGGGACUACUACUAUCCGGAUAUACAGGUUAUACAGCCAACGCCGAAGCCAUCACCUUGCCCAUCGGAGCGCAGUCUUUACGAGCAAUUACAAGCACAUGCAAAUGAGGCUUCUACGUCGCACGCAAAGACCACUAGCAAAAGCGAUCAGGCAGGGCCUGAGAAAGUGACCCAUGUAGCAACUAUUACUACACAGAGCAAGACUGGCACGACAAACACCAUGGUUACAGGGGACAAAAAGGCCAUCAAUACGCCAACUGAGGCGCAAAAGUUUGUGCGUAAACACAGUAUAGCCUACUAUGACCCGGAGAGCGCACAGGCUGGUCGUAAGCAAGAGAUACACUCCAUUAGCGCUGACACUGUUGACAUAUACCCAUACAAUCAAACGCAUUAUGAGCCUAGCAGUUUGAUUGGUUUCACCGAUGCUUCCAGUAGCAUCACUGGUACCGUACUGAAGCCACCACUACACACAGUUGGGCCCACGCCUACAAGUACACACUAUGGUUUUCAUUACACUGACUCGCCGACGGAGGAUUCCCGUGGUAGUCUACGCGGCAAGGUCGCGAUGAUGGAACUGCAACGCCUCAACUAUCCAGCCGAGCAGAUGACACCGCCGCCCAUACAAGAGCACAAUAACAAUAACUUUCCGUAUUCUAGUUCCGCUGCGGCCAUAGCGGCAGCCGCUGUUAUAACCGCCAACUCGAGUAGCAUUAGCAUCGAUAGUACGCCCAUUAGUUUGGAUAAGCUAAACGGUAGCGGCAGUUUGGGCACCAUAUCAGCGAAAGCACUUUUCAAUGUAGAAAAGCGAGCACCGCUCGCUUCGCUUAGUUCCUUUAAAAUCUCGUCAAUAGAGUAUCAAGACUCUGAAGCGCGAUCAGCUGACGAGGACUCGGUGUUCCUGGAUAGUGUUGCCGACACAGAUGAGGAUAUGCAACAGUUGAGUAGUGAUAGUGAUGAAGCCAGCUUCGGCGAACACGAUCCCACUACUACGCAAGAGAAUGUAGCGCUCGUUGUACCGCAUAUAGGCACUGACGUCUCCAGCACUGAGGUUUCUACAACUGCUCAUAACAUCCACACGCAGCCAAUUAGAUAUCCCAUCGAAAAGCGUUACAGUCUUGGUCCAAGCUGUCUGACUGGAGCCAGUGGUUCGAAGCUUACGCGUGCACGACGUCCACUACUACAACGUCACCGAACAAUUAGUGUCUCCUCUAGCGAUCGUGUCGCACUGAUCGGUCACCAGCUCAAAGAGUUUCAACACACCGGCAGUGGUAGUCAAACACCAACCACCAUUGCCGAGUCCAUGCCGCUUGAAACACAUUUCGGUUCGAUUAUCUGCACCAGCGGUUCGCCAAGACAUCCGCGGCGUGCUCAACUGCUGCAACAGUAUAGCGAUCCACAUAGUCUGCCCACUACAGCCACAACUACUACCGAAGAUGACACCUGCUCCACGCUGAAUACGGAACUAUGUGGUGGCGGUAAUUUGGGUACACAAGGUCCAAGUGGCAGUGGCAGCGGCGGCGGCGGUGGUUCUGCGACUCUAACGCAAAAUAGCAGUCUAAAUACAGUCGUUAGUUUCGGCCGCUCGAGUCCGCUAACGGACAAUAAUAAAACGAGUUACAGUCUUAGCGUUGGUACAAGUGCAGCGGCUGCUAUAGCCAGUCAACGCUUUUCCACUGCAGACACACACAAGGCUACGAAAAAUCAAACAAACAAAACACAACCACAACUGCCAUGCUCCAGACUCUACGAUGACCCUUGUGCCUCCUCAGUAUCCGACUCGUUGAUCAUCACAUCAACAACGCGACAGCCAAUUAUUUGUAUGCCAGCAUCACUGAAAAAUCUCAUCCUACGUGGCUCUGGUUCCGGCUCCGGCUCCGGUUCGGGCGCCAGUGCCGUAAGCCCAACAACAGCAGAUAAAUUAUUAGAUUCACCGAGUGUGGUGAUAAUGAGUAGAAGUGCUACAAAUUUGAGCACUCAAGAGACAAAUCCACACGACGAAGAAGAGCGUACUUGUCGAUCUGUUAUGUUGGAACUGCCGCUUAUAAAGUUGCCUACCGAUGAGAGCUCCGAUAGUUCCUCAGCAUCGGAGAACAAUGAACAGCGCACACAUGGUAAAAGUGAGAGUGCGAGAGAACCGAGUGCGACUGGUAGCAAUCGGAAAUGGUCGAAGGAAACAUUGUUCUAGCUAGGAACCAAAGCGCGACGCUCAAUCUCAAAAAUGGGUUGAGCUCACAAAGACUUAAAGACAUCACGAUUGACGGCAUAAAGAGCUAAUCUUAUGAAACCCACGGAAAUGUGAAACGAAAUAUCGCAAGGCAAUAAUAAAAGGCAACUUUAACUGUGCUCUUAUCUGAUGCAUUGGAAGACCGCAUGUGUAGAUCGGUGGUUAGGAGCUAUUGUACGACUGCCCGGCUCUAAGGAAUUGCAUUUGCUGUUGUGCGACACAAAACUUUUUACAGGAGCUUAGUAUGUAUCAGAUUUUGCAAAAACAAACACAUAAAAAAGAAUAGGAAAAUAUGAAGAACUAUAAAAUCGUAAACUAAGGAAAUUAGUACUAAAAGUAAAAUUAAAAAAAUUAAAAGUAUUUAUAUUUGUAAGGUCAAAAAAAAUGAAAGAAAAGAGCCAAAACACAAUACAAAAACGGGUGAACUUAUAAGCAUUUCGUGAGCAAUUUAUGCGGUUCAAAUUGUUAUAUGUAUCUGAUAGUAAAUAACUCCAUACAUACAUACGUAGAUACCACAUAUACAUAUUUACUGAGAAUAAAGAAAAGAAGAAGAAAAAAACAAAAAUUUAGUGGAACUAAAAUCAUAAUAUGUAAAUGUAGGCUUUAAAAUUUACUUUGUGGGUGAGGAUUGAAAGCGACUGUUACCUAUUCAAACUAACCUCACAUCUACACCUGUCAUACUUUCCGUCAUACAUCUGUCACUUUCGCGAUUUGACUUCUUUUAUUUUCUUAUUGAGCAAUUAACCAUCUCUCAACUCUCUCAACAACUCUCAACUCAAACUCAUUUUAGAACGGUGGUCGUGUAGUCAGCUACAUAAAGGGUGUUUUCAAAGUGUUUUCGGCGCAACAUGCUACGUAGCCAACGAAGCAAUCAAUUUAUUGAAGUAAACUUAUGUUAAACGCAUUAUCUCGCGUCGUGAGCUUCUGGCGUUGUCUUAAAGAUCGUGUAUUCAAGAAUGCAGGAUCAUUUUCCAUGGAGUUAUGUGAACUUAUAGGCAUAUAAGCCCGGGACGAAUUCCGCCUUGAAAGCACAUUUUCGGUGCGUUAUUUCUGCAAAAAGUAGUUGAAAAUUGGUCCUCUUGCCUAGAAUUUAUUCGAGCAAACCUCGAAAUUAUUUUUAAUACAUAAUGGCAAACACUUAUCUUAACAAUACAGUUAAAUUCUAGGCUAUAACAUUAAAUUAUAUGCGUUUUACUUGACGCAAAAAAAACCACGUGCAUUAAAUAUUAGGUUUAGUAAAAAGUUCAUUCGGUUUUUAUCUAAGAGAUGGCGUUAUAGUCUAGUGUUACCUGUCCCAUCAUGUCAUACUAUUCGGCGCUGAAAACGUGUUUAUUCGCGCAAAAAGUUUGAAUUUGGCAGUUUUUCGAUUGAUUGACUCAGUACGUUGUGAGCGCGCGUCAGUGAUGGAAUGGACACCAUCAAAGAGAAAAUUUUCUAUAUUUCACAAUUUUUCUUUGAUCAAGGAGAAAAAACAGCCAAAGC